UGACAACCUGUUAAAGUUCGUUUUUUUUUCUUAAGUUCGACCCUCACUGUGAAUCAAGAAAUCAUAUCGAGCACAGAACGAGAAUCGUUAGUGAAUUAUGGAGAAAAUUGGGUGACAUUAUUUCUCUGAGUCUGGAUGCAAUGCUAUUGCAGUGGUUUGUAGCAAUGUGGAUGGCCCACUAUAUCUCUGCAUCUGCAAAGCAAUAUGAGCAAUACAAGUUUAUCAUUUUCUCCCUAGAAGAAAUAAACACAUCUUCUGUUUCAAGACCAAACAAAUUUGUCAUCAAGGAAGAAAAUAUUACUCUGCUGGCUCAGCUGGCGCCGAUCCGCGGGCAGACCGAAGCGUCCAUCUCGCGCCUCACCGAGCACUUCUUCUGGGUGGGCGCCGCGCCGCACCUGGCGCUGACCAACGUGAACCGGACUGUGGACGUGCCGUUCGCCAUGGAGCUCUACAGGAGGGGCGCCAUGGUCGCCUGGCGGUGCCACUUCGCCCGCAGCCACCUGAAUGAGGACCUGGCCGACAUUAACGGGGGCCAGUGGAACGGCGAGGUCAGCCUCUCCCGGGGAUCCGGCUUCUUCGCCACGCGCGUCUCGCUCACCGACCUCAGAUUCGUGGGCUGGUCGGCCUGGCCGUGGGGCGGCGCCGUCAGCGCUGCGACGGUGGCGCCGCGUGUCGGCCGUCUGCGGUACCUGCAGGACCCGUGCGGCGGCGACAUCGGCCUGCUGGUCUCCCUGUCGGCGCCGGGCCGGCCCGGGCUGCUGGCCGCCACUGUAGUGGGCACUAACGUCACCUGGUACGACCUCAGUCAAAUGGACAUGGUGCGCGGCGCCUUUGGAGGCUCUCCGCCCUCGGACCUGGGUCUGAUCUCGGCCACAAUGACCUCAGCCCACCUGCUCCUCCUGACCACGCACGGCCUGCUGGUGUCCCCUGCCUUCCGCGGCGAGCGAGCCGCCGCCAGAGGCGCCAGAGCCGGAGCGUUCUCACUGCUCAAACUGCAAACGGACGGCGACGUAUCGGCAGAGUCCCUUGCCAAGGACGAGCUCAUCCACUCGCUCUCCUGCUUCAGCAGCAAGGAGGACAACGAGACGGUGCUGCUGCUGCUGCACUCUGAGCACCGCUACCUGCUGGGCCGCGCGCCGUUCCACCGCCGCUCGUCGUGGCGCGGCCUGGAGACCCUGAUUCCGCGGCCCGCCGCCCUGCAGAGCGUCACCGACAUUCGCUACAUCUGGCACCGGCGAGCCGUCUUCCUCGGAUACGAUAAGGGCGACACGUACGAGACUCUGGUGCUGCCGCUGUCUGAGCAGACCUCUAGGACACCGUCGGGGGAGCGGUGUGAGGGGGACUGUGAGACGGAGCCGAUCAGACGGCCCUACGUGCUGCUCUGUCCCCUCACCAAGAAAAUCUACCUCAUGGCCGACAAGAUGUUUGGUUCGAUGGUGGGCGGCGCUCUAUUCGCCCGUCCGAUGUCCAAUACCUCCUUCAGCCGGGUGGAGCACUGCGUGACCGACCUCAUCAACCACCACAUCUGCGUCACCGAACAGAUGGAGCUGGUCGUUAUCGGCGUCGGCUCCAAUGAGCCGGAGAGGAUCCCGUUGCACGAGAUACUGCCGGAGAUGAACAUCACUGAGGCAGCGAAGACGGCCCUACUGAUGGACCGGGCGGGAGGGGUGACCGUGUACGGCGUCGCAUCGGGCGGCUUCGGCUCCUACUACUUCAACCUCGAGUCCGGACUGCCGGAGAAGUACGAUGGUUCGUGCGACUACUACCUGGAGCUGCUGGGCGGUCUCCGGCACGCCGGGAUGAUUCACCUGGACGUGCACGACAUUAUCACCGUGGAGGUGGAGGCCGGCAGGGUUCACGGUGACGCCAACCUGUCUCGGGUGGCUCUGGACACGGACUCUAUUGACGUGGAGCUCUCCCAUCCGUCUGUGGUGCACGUGGAGCGGGCGGACAGCGUGCGGGACGCCGCCGUCCGGCUGGCGCUCACCGUCCGGCCCAACUCCUGGGCAGUCGGUGCGGUGUGCGCGGUGACGUUCCGGCUGCCGGCCGCCAGUGCGCUCUGUUCCCGCACCUCUCGCGUGGUGAACCUGGAGCUGUCGCGUCACCACCACCGGGUGGCGGUGGACGUGCACCGCGGCCGGGACCCCAGCAGCGCCGCGGACAUAGACAGACACCUGAAGGCGGCCGAUAACGCCUUCUACGAGCUGCCCGUGAACUACCGGCCUCCGUCUGAUCUGGGUAUCAAUAUUCCCACCUCAGAGAACAUCUACAACGCCGACCCCAGCCAGCCGCUGAACCAGAACCUGUUGAUUGAGCACGCCAUCAGCCGGGACACGGGCCGCUUCAAGGCCUGCGCGGGGAAGGCUAACCGCAGUGAGUGCGGCUGUACCGAGGAGCAGCAGUACUCCACCGGCGUGGAACACUCCGACUGUCGCGUCUAUGUUCCGAUGAUGUCGUGGCCGGCCAAGCUGCGCCUGACGAUGAGUAUCCGCGGCAGUCACCGCCCGCGCCGUCCGCUGCUGGCGCCCACCUAUGUCAACAUCACAGAGCUCAACAACCGCUCCUCCUGGGAGAACCACAUUCUGCUGGGUCCGGACCUGGCGCGGAUCUACCAGCGGAACCUGUCGGCCCGGGACCGCCGCCUGGUGGACCCGCAGCGGAUCCGCAUCCUGAUGAAGGGCACCGGGCUCUACCACUUCCGGAUCCAGGUGGCGGAGCACACCUCCUUCGGAACCGACCACGAUGAUGUGCUGGUGUACGUGGUGCCGGCCCGGCUCAAGUCCCAGGUACAGAACGUGGUGUACCCCAUGGUGGGCAUCACGCUCAUCAUCAUCCUGUUCGUCGUGUUCGAGUACUACCACCAGCGUUACGCCGACGCUGACGACGAAUCGGAGACGGAGAGUGACGAAGACGAUGACGUGGUGACCGGUACGCCGUCGACCCAGGGACCGGCGCCGCCCUUCCCCCUCCGCGCCCGUCGCUGAGACGCUGGAUACUCCGAGUCACAUACGAUCCAUUUACCGGGCGACUGCCUUAUCUCCCACCCAAGCACGGGAUGUCCGUGUCCUGUGACCAUUCGACCCCUAGCCCGGGCGGCCCCUCCCCUCUGCGUGCGGCUGAGGUACUGGAACUGUCAAAAUCCUUGUCCCAGCCGGGCUGGGUGGGCGGCUUCUCCCCCUGCCACUGUAAGAUGGGGCCACCAAACACUGGUUCCGGACAGCUGGCUAGCAGAUGGCCGGAGAUCGGGUGUCACGGAAGGACGAUAAUCAAGGUAUGUCGACUGACAAGCGCUUGAUCACUAUUUUACGCGAGGGGCAGUGUCGCACGCGCUAGCGUAUGUGUCGACUCUGUGAUAUCAAGGUGUGGUGAAAAUGUACUUUGCCCCUGUUGUGAUGUUAUGCAUUGCGUUGUGUUUCACUACUAUUAUGUCUGCACUGUGCAUAUUCUCGUUAUCGUAUUUAUGUACUAGUCAAGUUUUGACAAACAUUGAAUGGUUAACAAUUACGGGGUCGAAUAAAUUAUUUAUUUAACA